AUGUACGACGUUGCGCUUAACCCAAGUAACCGGAUGGAACUGUUACGACACAUCGCAGACCACUUGCUGCUUAUGCGACGAAGUCAGAUCCCCGAUGAUCCGCACAUGUUUCCGAGGAGUCGUGGAAAAACAAAACAUGACGAGAGUGUUUUGCCAACAACUGUUGCGAAUGCUGCGGCCGUGUCGAGGAACGAAACUUCGUCCGUGAUCGAAUGCACGGACAAGGAUGCCAAGAAACAGGGUGGCAGGCGAGAAGAAAACGAAAACUUUCGAGUAAUUCCGAAGUAA